CGCCACAUCCCCAUCUCCCGUCAGCAUCUGACAGGAAUCGCUGUGUCGACAAAACGAUAAGAUUGGGACGCUGUUGAGACGGCAGCGGACGGCCUGACUGUCACUGCAAAGACCUUUGCACAGCGACACCGGCCAGGUCAACCCACUCGUAUCACAGACACCUCCUCACUUCAUAAUGUAAAUUGAAGACCGGCUUGCCACCACACAUCACAUCGCAAUGCCGCGACUAUCCGGCGACGAUGCUUUCCCAAUCACGGAGGAGCCGCCUCCACAAUACCGCAUGACCCCCUCUCCUCCCCCCUCUUCUGACGACACGCGCCCUCUCCUCCCCGCUCCCGUCACCCACACAUCCCCCUCCCCCGCCGUCUGCGACCCCAUUAUCUGCUAUCCGACGGUGUACGACCCCUAUUGCUGGUGCGAAGCCAUGGGCGCCAUGCUGCCCUGCUGCGGGGACGUGGCGGUUGCGCUGGCGCAUGCGUGCGCGGGCGCGAUGCCGACGGUGAUGGAGGCUUGUGGAGGGCUUGCUUCUUUUUUUCACAGCACCUAGACAUAUAAUAACAAGCGUGGGACCAAGAGCGGUGCCACUCCCCGUACUGCGCGCACGUCACAUACAUGAAUUAAACGCCGCCCUGCUGCUCGUCCUUG